CUUGUUCUUAUGAUGUCUUUCAUCUUUUGCAUCAUUUCAUAUCCAAUGAUUGGAUUUCGAAGUGGAGUGAGUCAUUUUUUUGUUUUCUAUGGGACAUUGGUGAUUUCAUCAUUGGCAGCUAUGUCAUAUGGUUAUUGUAUCUCAGCAGUCUCUCCAUCUGUACCAGUUGCUGCAGCUAUAUCUAGUGCUCUUUAUCUACCUUUCAUAGUAUUGGGUGGCUUUUAUCAAAGAUCUAACUCAGUGAAGACACACCUGCUGUGGAUAAAAUUUACGUCUUGGGUAUAUUAUGGGUUUCAAAUACUAAUGACAAAUCAGUGGUCAGGUAUCAAUUUAGACACGUUCAAUGCGACAAGUGGAGAAUGUACUGCAACUACAGGAGCAGUGAAAAUUUGUCAAGGAGACGAGAUUCUAGAAUUCUAUAGUGUUGAUGCUGAUGAUGUUGGCAGAAAUGUCGGUCUACUCUUUGUGAUCAUAGUUGGGUUUCGUCUGUUUGCAAUUCUGAUUUUGAUGAUGAGAGUGAGAAACAAUCAGAAAUAGCUAACUAUAUACAUUUAAUUUCCAAUUGAACAAUUAGAUAAACACAUAUUAAUAGGUUAGUACUAUUGUAUUGUCUGUUUGUCUGUAACUGCAGCCCUAUAUAGCACAUACAAACAGUGUAAUAACAAUUAGCGCUUUU